GCCCAUCUCCGGUGGUUGGGCAGGCGGGUGGCGCGAUGCUGCGCAGGUCUGGCCGGCAGAGCAGGAGCGGAGACGCCCAGCAGCUGGAGGGGACACCCAUGGAGAACGGUGUGGCCCAGGCCUCCUCCGAGGGGGGCAAGAACACUCCGGCCCCGAGCGGCCCGGCCCCAGUGCCCCACGCCCCCCACCGGGUGCGGCCCAGGCUUGUCUUCCACACCCAGCUGGCCCAUGGCAGCCCCACCGGCAAGAUCGAAGGCUUCACCAACGUCAAGGAACUGUACGCCAAAAUCGCCGAGGUCUUCGACAUCCCCCCGACAGAGAUCCUGUUUUGCACCCUCAACACCCACAAAGUGGACAUGCUGAAGUUACUGGGAGGCCAGAUCGGUUUGGAGGACUUCAUUUUCGCCCACAUCCGGGGCGAGACCAAAGAAGUGGAGGUGACCAAGACGGAGGACGCCCUAGGGCUGACCAUCACGGAUAACGGGGCCGGAUAUGCCUUUAUCAAGCGCAUCAAGGAAGGCAGCAUCAUCAACCGGAUCCCGACCGUCUGCGUCGGCGACAGCAUCGAGGCCAUCAACGACCAAACCAUCGUCGGAUGCCGCCAUUACGAAGUUGCCAAGAUGUUGCGGGAGAUGCCCAAGGCCCAGCCGUUCACCUUGAGGCUGGUGCAGCCGAAACGGGCCUUUGAUAUGAUCAGCCAGCGGACACGGAGCAACAAGAGCCCCAGCGAGGGGAAGGUGGCGAGCGGCAGAGAGACCCUACGGCUGCGUGCCAAGGGCAGCGCCACUGUGGAGGAGGCGCCUAGUGAGUUUGAGGAAGAAGCCGCCCGAAAAGUGGAUGACCUACUGGAAAGUUACAUGGGCAUUCGCGAUGUGGAGCUGGCGUCGACCAUGGUGGAGAUGUCCAAGGAACGCCACGACCCCGAAGACUUUGCCCGUGGCCUGGACUCGCUCUUGGGGGAAUUUGCCUUUCCGGAAGAGUUUGUCGCUGAGGUCUGGACAGCGAUCUACGAAUCCAGAGGCGACUCCAAGUAGCAGGCGGAGGGUCAGCUGCUGCUACCUCCCUCCCCAGCAAAGAAUCCCCUCUGUCUCCCACCCCACCCCGGUCAAUAUUUUCUUGGCCAGCUCUUUCUAUCCGGAGUGGUUAUUUUUAUUUAUUUAUUUUUUUAAUUGCUUAAGGGUGAGUUUCAAACACAAACAUUUUAGAAGAUUUCGCCUGAUCCCAAAUCUGGCAGGAGAGCUGUUCGGCACUAAAGCCUGUGCUGCCCCUUUGAACCUUCUCCGUGGGUCCCAGGAUUGUAGGGAUUCCUCGCCACAGCCUUUCUUUACGGUUUCGGAAUUUUGCUCUUGUCCUGAUUUCUGGGUUAAUUAGAACAGGGCUGCACAACUUUGGACUGCUUGCUGAAGUUGGACUACAACUCCCAUCAUCCAUAUUGGACACUUAUGAUGGGGGCGAUGGGAGUUAUAGUCCCACAAGAGCUGGAGUUCCAAAGUUGUGCAGCUCUGAACUAGAAGAAAGGAUAGAAUUAAUUGCAGAAUAGAAAUAGAAUGCAUCUUUCCCUCUUCCACGCUCCCCAUGUGCAUUGCUAAAACAUUACAAAAAAGUGAUCUUGAUUAUGA